AUGACCACGAAGGUCGACAAGUCCGAGCGACGAUCCACCGUUUUUUUUUCGGCUUCAUAUGGAGCGGCGCUGAUCGAAUUUGCCGCCGAAACGCAUCCGUUAAUCCGUGGAAGCGUGAACCUCGAGUGUGGCUAGCAACACCUUACGAGAGACUAUCCUUCUUACUUCAGUGAUAUCGAACCCGAGAAAGACCGAUUUCAACGACAAAAAGGUGUCGCUGUCAAAUGUUGCGAAAGGAAAGCUGCGACUGCGUGGGCGGACCUCACAUUCCUUGGCAUCCGCCAUCCGGUUCGGCAAACGAUACCUGGGGGAUGGGCCGACAAAAAUGUAUAAAAGCUAAGAAGUCUCCGGCUCCAGCACCUUGGUCAAUCACAAAACCUUAGCCAUGCAGAAGCUCAUCAUCGCCUUCGCCCUCGUCGCCGUCUCCAACGCCUUCCUCUUCCCCAGCGCCGGAGGAUGCGGUUGCGCGUUAGUUUUCAAUUUGCUUUUUUUUUGAUUGCUUAUCGUUUUUUUCUAGAAAUUUUUAUGAUGUUCAGUAGAAAAUAUUUUUUUAAAUCAAAAAAAUAGAUUUUUUUGAAAUCGAAGUUUCAGAGAUAUUUUUUUAGCAGUUUAUCAUCAAAAAGUAAUUGUUUUACUUAAUUCUAGUUGUCUCGCCAAACGCACUUCACGAUGUACUAGCCCCUAUACCUACAAACUUUUCCAAAUACCGUGAACGAUUUUUUUUGAAAACUUAAAGUGCUGGGAAACUCUUGCUUACGUUGAACCUUUGGACUGUAAAAUUUCAUUUUGGAAUUUCUCCAACAAUGAUUAUGAAGUUAUAAGUAAAAUGAAGUAGUCUGCCUACGAGGGAACACUGGUAAAAACGGCAGAUCAGAUUCAUAUCAGCAGAUUAACGUUUCUAUUUAUCUUUUUUUCUUAAAAAAAAAAUGAAUUUUUCAGCCCACCUCCACCAGCGCCAUGCGGCUGCGGCGGCGGACUUCCUCCACUUCCAGCUCUCCCGCCACUCGCCCUGCCAGCUCUCCCUAGCCUCGGAGGCGGCUGCGGAUGUGCUCCUCCUCCAGCUCCAUGCGGAUGCGGAGGUGGUGCUCCAAUCGCUGCUCCAGCCGGAUACGCCGUUGCCCCAGGUGGACCAAUCGGAGGAGUGAGUUUUCAAUAUUUGAUACAGACUAGACUUUGAGGAGCAUUUCGAGAAUUACUUGUCAAUUUUCAGGGAUACGCCGCCCCAGCCGGAGGAUACGCCACCGCUGGACGCAAGUAA